AUGGUAGGCGGUGAUAUGGCACAUCUGCCCGAAGCUACGACGGAUCCGGUCUCGUUUGCUCACUUCGGAAUGGUGGACCUCCUGCUGUCCCUUCGUCAGGUGUACCGCGCGAAUGCUGGGAAGGAUCAGCUUUGCACCACUUGUUCGAAGCCAACCGCGUUUUACAAUGUCCCCCGGUCAGAGUGGCUUGGAAAGGUUGAUGCAGCGAACUCGUGCAUCCAGGUCCCCGCGAGCAGUCCUCGAGCUUGCAUUGGCUACGGAGAUCUCGUGCAGGCAGCAGGAAACCAGGGAAAGGCGAGCUUGCUUGGUGAAGGUGAGUCGGAAGAGUCGAGUGCUGGUGCCAAGUGCUCCAAGAUGUUGACGGCAAUGAAGUCCAGCUCCUGUGGGGUCAAGGACUUGUUGCACAGUGUCGUCCUCACGCAGCGAUACAAUUCGACAGCAGCCUAUGCUGCUUGCAGGACCUACUGGUCCAGCAUGGACUCCGAGAUGGGACGAAACUUCAUGCAGUGGUCGAAAUAUACUGCUACCAAGAGGAUAGAAAGCUGCAAAGCCGCCGUGAAUGAGACCAUGAAGCUCGUGAGCUUCUUCAGGCACGCUGAACCUGUGGGCAGUCCGGAAACCAAGUAUGGCAUCAAGUGCGAUGCGACCUUGGAGUGCUAA